CUCCACUACGAAGAACAUUUUUCGAGUCCUCGUCUUAAAAUUGCAGGUCUGGCCCCGGCCUGUGGCAAUCCGCGUGAUAUAAGUGAGCUAUUGCUAUUCCUGUACGAGUCUUGAAACAUUAGCUUGGUUGAACCUGGGAUGGUCAAAUCCUACCUCCAGCAUCCUCUCGGAGAGAACCCGAAGCUACAGUAUUAUAGUAUACUCCAUUUAUGAAUUCUUCAGUUUGAUUUGCUACUAGUCUGCAUCGUGAGACAAGCUAAAUCAAGGCAUUCCAAGCCACACUCGCGGAAUGGACUACACCGCACGAGCUGAGGGCCAGGGGGUCCAUUUUAGACAGGAUGAACUCUCCCUUGAGAUAAUAUGUUGACGAAGGUGGCUUGACCAGCCGUAUAGGUGUCAGAGGUGUCAGAGUUGGUUAUCUUAUAAAACCACGAGGAAGAGACGCGUUGCCAGCAUGGUUUAGCACCUAGCCGAAGUCCUUAGGCCUCCCCUUCUCAUACUAUCGCCUCGACUCCUAGGGAGCUUCACGACGUUCAAGAUGGCUAUGGUUUCUUGGCUUAUAGUUUCGAUUUUACUGCUAUGCUUGGUACACAUAGCGAAAAAAACAAACGACAGACGUAGGAUCCCGCCUAAUGCUCGACCACUACCCGGACCGAAGUCCUUGCCUCUGAUCGGCCGCGUACAUGAUAUUCCGGUGAAUUCAUCAUGGCUGAAGUUCUACGAAUGGAGUAAGGAGUAUGGCCCAAUAUACCAGACCAAGAUGUUUGGUACGGUCCACGUCUGGAUUUCAACAGAACGAAUCGCAGUCGAUCUGCUCUCGCGGCGGGCACGCAACUACUCAGACCGUCCACAGAUUCCUGGCCUUCCUGAUAAUCGAACAAGCGGACACUAUCUUGCGCUGUCGGGGCAUAAUGCUACUUGGAAACGUCAGCGGAAGCUCUGCCAGCAGUUGAUGAGCGUGUCGGCUAACGCCUCACUAUAUUCUUACCCGACAAAAGAACGAGAUCGCUUCUUAUUCCUCCUAUCGCGUGACCCCUCACAAUAUCGGGAAUAUGUCGAGCAAUUCACAUCGCGCACGGUAGCGCGGCUCUCUUGGGGUAGCCCCCAUCCUGCCCAGCUUUUACGAGUGACGACUUCCGGUCUCCUCGAAACCAUCUCCCCCACAGGCGCCCUGCCUAACGCCAUACCCUGGCUUAUGCACAUACCUAGAUUUAUAAGCCCGUGGAAGCAGAAAGAAAACGCUCGACAUAGACUUGAAGCUGGCCUUCUGAAGGGUAGCGUUCGGUACGUACACGACCGCAUGAGCGAGGGGAAGGCCGAACCAAGUUUUGUACAUACGUUCAUAAAUGAACCGAGAGGCCUAAAUGAUAAGAGUAAAUGGGGCGACGAGGCCGAAGCUACGUAUGUUGUCGGGCAAAUGGCCAUCGCCGGAGCCUUGACGAUUGGAAGUCCGAUUCAGAGCUUCAUACUUGCCAUGCUGCAUUAUCCCGACUGGCAGAGAAGGCUCCAAGAUGAAAUCGAUACCGUGUGCGAAGGAAGGUGUCCCGAAUGGGAAGAUCGUGAAAAGUUGCCGAUGCUUCGUGCCGCUGUGAAGGAGACGGUUCGGUGGCGCCCCCCAGUUCCGACAGGAAUCCCACAUGCCAUCGAAAAUGAUGACGUAUACGAUGGUUACUUUAUUCCUGCCGGCGCUACUAUUCACGCCCUAGAGUGGGCUAUUACCCGCGACGAGUCCGUAUAUCCAGACGCGGAUACUUUCAAUCCUGCUCGGUGGCUAGAGCCGAAGUAUCCUACCUAUAAGGAGCCACUUUCUGUACACCCAAACCUCAACGGAUUCAGUCAGUUCGGCUUCGGCCAGCGCACGUGCCAAGGCGUUCCAAUCGUAGAGCAAGAUCUAUUCUUGACGAUGGGCGGGAUGGUGUGGGCUUUCAAUCUCCGGAGAAAAUGCCGGGAAGACGGUAGCGAAAUACCCGUGCACUGGAAUGACUACACGCCGUUACUCAUAGCCAAGCCAGCGCCAUUCGAGUUUGACGCUGAAGUCCGAAGCAAGAUCAAGGAGAUAGCUCUAAGACAGAUGUGGGAGACAGGCAAAGGCGAAGACGACGAAGAGGAAGAGCAAAACGAGCUCCUUGUACAGACACGAAAAGAAGAUCUCGUAGAUGUAGAGGCAACGGAGUCAGCACACGAAGAUGAUACUGCGAGUGAUCGCGGUAGCGAGACAAGUGUUUCGGGAUCACUCGCAAGAUCUGUUUCAUCAAUUAGUAUGGAAUCUGAUAGUGAGUCCGGGGAUGGGGAUAGUUCUACAGGUAGUCCUACACCAGCGUCCAGAUUUCAUUUAUCGAAACGCCGGGCAAUGAUGGCAGCGGAGAUAGGAGAGCAAACUGUACAACAGCAAUCGGAAUGAUAAGGACGCUGAAUGAGGUAACUAUAGGAUGUCAUGGUAUGGCAUAGUAUGGUGCGGCAUAUGUUAGUUUAAGGGGGAAAUACAUAGGUUAGCGGCAGGUUAGCUAUCGGUAUGUGAAUAAACAUUCGUUUUGACGUCGAAA